AUGAGCAGAGAUAAGUAUUCAGAGGACUUGGAUGCAGUUCCCUUAUUGAUCGAAGACGUUAAAGCAGGGACCAGACACACGAAGAAGAGAAAAAGGAGUCGUCGUCGAUCAGUUUUCCAGAAUAAUUCAUCAGAUGAUCACCAUGACAUUAUAGGUGGCUGUGAUGAAAGUUUUGCCCCUGACUUUGAUAAAACGGACUCCUGGGGAGUGAUUCAUGAUACGGACGAUGACUCUAGUGUUGCGUGUAUUGAAGGCCGACAAGGUUCUAAUGAGUUAGGUGAAUCAUAUAUUGACCAUAGACCUUUGAUUGCGGUUAGGGAAGCAGCACAGUGGAUGCAUAAUGGUGUGUCUGGUGGGAGCAAUGCGGUGGUAGUGCGGCCUAGUACAGUACCAAAAGGUGGUGCUUCGGAGGUUCCCGUUUCUGGUGGAUCACAGCAUCAUGAAGCAAUGUCUAAUCCAAAGUUUAGGGACCCAUUUAUUGUACGAAGUGAAGAGGAAGGGAUGUCUGAGCAUCGAAAAACUGCUCAGAACACACAGAAGGAAGCUGAAAGAUGGGCUAUAAGCCAAGGCUAUGGCUCCAUGUCAUCUUAUCCUGGUGGAACUAGUCGGCGAGCUAGUGCUGUUCGUGGCCUCCGAGGCGAUGUUGUUAUUGAUAUGGACGAGUUAUUAGAGCACGUAAAGCUGAGGCGUGAUCAGGAGAGUCGGCAAGAGCAGCAAACUCGAAGUACGGUGUCGGAAGAGUCUGAAGAGUAUAAAUCUCAACCGUCGUCGCGCAGAUCUAGUGGCUCAUCUUCAUUAGACGACGUUUGCUUGCCUAUUGAUGAGGACGAUGCCGGUGGUCUUAGAGAAUGGCCAGAUGUCAGUGUUUUGGAGGAGUUUUCUAAAGAGGAGAUUGAAAAAUUGAAACGGGAGGCCUUACGGGAUGCUGAAGACUUUCAUUUUCAAUAUGAUGAUGAGGAUGAGGAUGACACUACAGAAUCCUUUAAUGGGAUAGCUUUCCUAAGACCCAUUAUUACCAAUAUCGACGUUCCAGAACUGGGGAACACAAGGAUAAAUGAAGCUGAGCAACUUCGGAAGGGAAGGCUAAGGCCUAAAAAGCUAACACCAUGGCAUUUGAAAAAAGGUAGUAUUAAUUUGCCUGGUCUUACGACAUCCGGUAAAAGGACUGGAAGGGAUCGUUCUACUGAUGUUGUCAGUGAUGAUCUCCUAGCUGGUCGGAACAUUCAAUACCCCCCACAUAUCAUUUCAAAUAAUCCGGAAAUUUUUCGAUUCACUUAUUUCAGAGAGGACCUGGACUCGACGAUCCAUUCUCCGACCAUAUCCGGACUCUUACAGCCGGAUCAAAAGUUUGAAGAACUAUUUGUUAGUAGUAUUUAUGCGAACGGCGGCAGUGGACGUGUUUCUGAAGGUAACAACCACACUAAUAAUAACAUCACUAAUCAUACUAGUAGUACCAACAACCUUCACACAGCUACUUGGAGUGGGAAUGCGUUAGAUCAAAUUACGCCAUUAGAUACAAAAGCUUCCACCCCUUUACAACAAACAAGUACCACACAGCAAUCUGGCUCUUGGGAUUUAAAUGAUGCGCUGCCCUUUUGGUUGGAUGUUUUGAACCCUACUGAAGAGGAGAUGAAGGUCUUGAGUAAAGCUUUCGGUAUCCAUCCGUUAACCACAGAGGAUAUAUUCUUAGGGGAAGUUCGUGAAAAGGUUGAGUUAUUUAAGGAUUACUAUUUGGUAUGUUUUCGUUCUUUUGAUAUCGUUGCUGAACGAUCAAGCAGGAAAAGAAAACGGCGUCAGCAACAGCAAACGCAGCAAGUGCAGCAGCAGUUACAAGACAGCGUUCAUAGUGGAAUGGACGCAUCUAGUGAUAGUGACGGUGACAGACAAGGCUGGUUCUCCCGGUUUCGCGGCUUACGGCGCAGAUCUUCGACCAUUAACAAGAACGCUGGCAGUAGCACUUCGAGUUACCAUCGUCGCCUAAGAAAGAUAGAGGAAAAUGAAAAGUAUAAGCGUAAAUCUGGAGACAGACGGAAACCUCGGGACGGUGAGCUGGAGCCGUUAAACGUUUACAUUAUUGUAUUUCGUACCGGAGUGCUCACGUUCCACUUUGCGCCCACGCCACAUCCUAUCAACGUACGGCGGCGUGCACGACUCUUGAAGGACUACCUCAAUGUUACUGCUGAUUGGAUCGCCUACGCGCUUAUCGAUGACAUAACCGAUGCGUUUGCCCCGAUGAUCGAGUUAAUUGAAGAUGAGGUUUAUGAUAUUGAGGAUUCCAUCCUCAAGAUGCAUCAAGCAGACGAUUCGAGCGACUCGAGCGACAGCGAUUUGGACGGCGAAUCAUCCUCGGAUGAUGCCAGUUUCCCGUUUGAUAGGAUCUCUCGUCGCACUGCUUACACUCACGCCAGCAGAAGUACUGCCACAUCGCGGUCGUCUUCCAGCACCGAGUCGACAAUAAAUGCCAAGGUUAUGGGUUGGAAAAAGAAAGGUGACAUGUUGCGACGGAUAGGUGAGUGUCGCAAGCGCGUCAUGAGUAUUGUCCGUCUCCUUGGUUCCAAAGCCGAUGUCAUCAAAGGAUUUUCUAAGCGCUGCACUGAGCAAUGGGAGGUUGCUCCCCGAUCAGAGAUAGGCAUGUACCUCGGAGAUAUCCAAGACCACAUAAUAACUAUGGUUUCCUCCUUAAACCACUACGAAAAGUUACUAAGCCGUUCCCAUUCAAAUUAUCUUGCUCAGAUCAAUAUUGAUAUGACCAAAGUCAGCAACGACAUGAACGAUGUACUUGGCAAGAUUACCAUUUUAGGUACCAUCGUCAUGCCAAUGAAUAUUAUAACGGGACUGUGGGGUAUGAACGUUAUCGUUCCGGGCCAAUCUAGCCAGUCACUCAUGUGGUUUGUGAGCAUCACCCUAUCAAUGGUUGUUUUGGCCUUUAUAGCUUACACUUACACUCGUCGGAGGUUCGGGUUUUAA